AUGAUCUUGGAUGAAGCAUACUCUCACGAUGAAGACACGAAAAAUAUAUACUCUUGGAUCCAAGCCACGCUAAUACAAAGUGGUGUUUGGGGAUUGGCAGGCAUUUUAAAUACUGAUUCGAGACACAAAUUUGAUGAGUUUUAUAAACUUUUAUGGAAAGGACAGAAUAAACAUCACCCCUAUCCGAAAUGUUUAGAGAAACUUGACAUUAGCAUACCACAGGAAGGGAUUUUGUUCGAUUUUAAUUACAUUUACAAGCAAAGGGGUAAUUGGAAAUUGUGGAUCGACAUUUUAAAAACACAAAAGAUAUCUGAGUCUGAAUACAUGAUGGACUUUACGGUGCCAACGGUUGAAACGAUGAGAUACAAACAAAUCAUUAACUUGCACAUUAAGAACAAGCACAACGUUUUAAUUAUUGGACCACCAGCUACAGGGAAAACGUUAAUGAUUGAAGACGUGCUAAUAAAUGACGUAGAUAGAAAUGCCUACGAUAUAUCGAGAAUAGCUUGCAGCAUCAGUAUUUCCCCCAGUCAGAUGCAAAACUUAAUUUUAUCUAAACUUACCAGGCGAAAAUACGGAGUGUACACUCCUUCAGACAACAAGAAAUGCUUAAUUUUUCUAGAAGACAUAAGCUCAACAAGCAUAGAUAAUUUUAACAUAAACUGUACGGUAGAGCUACUUAGGCAGUACUUUGAUCAUAACGCUUGGUACGACUUGGCCACCUUCAACCCCAUUACCAUAGAACAUGUUAAUUUUAUAACCAAGGCACAUUUGCCUGGUGGUUACAGACAAAAGUUGUCCUCCAGAUUCCUCAGGCAUUUCUGUGUUUACUCCAUCAAUAAUUUUUCAUGUGAUACAAUAACAAAAAUCUAUUUUACUACUCUGCAACAUUGUUGGAAAAAAUCCGGAUUUCCCAGUGACACUGCAAAUAUGGCGACACAGUUAACGCAGUCGACUUUAUAUAUCUACAGGCAAAUCCAGAAUCAUUUCCAACCCAACAUAAAUCAGUGUCAUUAUGUGUUCAAUUUGAGGGACUUCACCAGAGUUAUUAAAUCAUGUUUGUUUUUAAGGAAAGAUACCUACGACAGCAACAAGAAAAUUUACAUGAAAAUUUGGACACAUGAAAUACUAAGAACUUUUGGUGACAGAAUGAACACUCAAGAAGACCACGAUUGGUUGUUUGAAAAUCUCAUAUUUGGAUUCAAUGGAGAGGUGGAUAAUCAAGGUGUUCAAAGAUACGAAGAACAAACCAAUAUAACCACUCUUCUGGAAACCGUCAAUACGUCGUUGAUGGAGUUCAAUAAAUCUAAUAGAGUAAAACUGAAUAUAACAGUCUUCAAAGACUCGAUACUGAGACUUGUUAAAUUGUCCAGAAUUCUUAAAUCAUCACCAGGAAAUGCCUUAUUAAUUGGUAUUAGUGGUUCUGGUAGAAGAAGUCUUACAAAACUGGCUUCUUACAUAAACAACAUCAAAUUCAUGCAACCCAACAUUACAAUGAACUACUCAGGGAAAGACUGGAAUGAUCAAAUCAAGUCAAUUUUGAAAGAAUCUGGAGGAUUUGGGAAUCAAGUUGUAUUUCUUUUGAGAGAACAAGACAUUUUACAUGACCUGUUUCUAGAAAACAUUAAUUUCUUACUUAAAGGAAGCGAAAUUCCUAUUCUGUAUAAUCCUAAUGAAAGACAGGAAAUUUUAGAACUCGUCAGAUUGGAUGCUCAAGGCGGCAACAGAAACGUUGACAUAAGUUCCUCGUCAGUUUUUCUAUUUUUUCACAAACGUUGCUUACUUAAUUUACAUUUGUUCAUCUGCUUAAAUUCUAGUGAUUCAAAAUUGAGCAAACGUUUAAGCAUGUACCCGUAUUUAACCAAUUCGAACGUGAUCUGGUGGAAUGAUUGGCCUGAUCAAUAUUUUGAAGAUGUAGCAAAAGUGUUCAUUAAAGAUGUCAAUGUGUCCGACGAACUGAAAACUAUUUUACCGAAAGUUUUCGUUAAUUUCCACAGAUAUAUUCAAAUAAAGACUCGGGUACCUUUAAAAUAUCAUCGAAGGAUCCAUAUUACCACCUCCCAUUAUGCUCACAUGGUAAAUUUAUUUGUAAAACUAAUACAUAAAAAACAACAGAGCCUAUCAGAGACAAAACAUAACUACACUUUGGGUUUGAAUAAAUUAUCCUACGCAGCAAACCAAAUCUUGGACAUGCAAAAGUCUUUAGCUGAAUACCAACCACAGUUGGAGGAAAUGACUCAGAAAGCUGCCGAAAUGACCAAACAAAUCGCCCUGGAAACCAUAGAAGUCGAAAAAGCUUCAGCCUUGGUAAGAACUGAUGAAAAAGUUGCCCAUCAGCAGGCGGAAGUCGCACAAAUCCUCAAGUCCGAAUGUGAAGCCGAAUUGGCACAGGCAAUUCCUAUAUUGGAAGACGCCAUAUCCGCCCUUAAUACUCUAAAGCCUUCCGACAUCACCUUGGUAAAGUCUAUGAAAAAUCCUCCAGACGCCAUUAAGUUAGUUAUGGCUGCUGUCUGCGUUAUAAAGGACGUGAAACCUGAUAGAAUACCCGAUCCUUCAACGGGCAGGAAAACUCUCGAUUACUGGGGACCAAGUAAACGAAUCCUGGGAGACAUGAAUUUUCUGCAAACGUUAAAAGAAUUCGACAAAGAUAACAUAAAACCUGAAAUCAUGGUUAAAAUUCGUAAAGAUUAUCUACCUCACAAAGACUUUAAGCCACACGUUGUGGCAAAGGCUUCGAGUGCAGCUGAAGGUUUGUGUAAAUGGAUUAUUGCAAUGGACAUGUAUGAUAAGGUGGCCAAAGAGGUGGCUCCAAAGAAAGAAAAACUAGAAAAGGCUGAAAGGGAAUACUCCGAAACUAUGAGAGUGUUAAACGAAAAGAAGGACGAAGUUGCCAGAAUUGAAGAGAAGUUGGCGUCCCUCAAUGAACUGCUGUUGGAGGCAAGACAAAAGCAACAAACCUUACAAAAAGAAGUGGAUGUGUGCAAAGAGAAGUUGAGAAAGGCCCAAAAAUUGAUUGGAGGGUUGAGUGGGGAAAAGAUUAGAUGGAUGGAAAUUUCAGAGAAACUGCAGUAUCAUUAUGAUUGUCUUACUGGCGACAUUUUGUUAUCUUCUGCUCACAUUUCUUAUCUGGCAGGUUUUGUGAAGUGUGAAAGAAAUGAUAUUAUUAAUAAUUGGUAUGAGGUGAUUAAGGAACGAGAUGUGCCAAUUUCUAACAAGUACUCUUUUGAAAAAGUAAUUGGUUCAGAUAGGGAUAUUGGAACUGCACAAAUGCAAGGUCUUCCAAACGAUUCGAUUUUUGUUGAAAAUUAUUUAAUAUUAAAGAACACUAUGUUUUAUCCUUUAUUUAUUGACCCACAGUACUCAGCUAAAAACUGGGUUAACAACAAGGAAAAAAACAAUAAUUGUAUCAGAACUCGUCUAACCGAGAAUUAUCUUGAAAAAAUAAUAACAGCAAUUGAACUAGGUAGACCGGUAUUAAUUUAUAAUGUGGGAGAUGACAUACCACUUAACCUAAUGUCAUUUCUCGAAAAGCAAAUGAUAGUGAACGGUGAAGUUUUUUAUUUCAUUAAUGAACGGGAAAUUAAGGUGCAUAAAAAUUUCAGGUUUUACAUGUUUACCAACAAACACAACCCACAUUAUCCACCUGUAAUAUGGAAUAGAUUGACCAUAAUUAAUUUUUACAUUACAAAAACAGCUCUAACUGAGAUGCUCUUAAAUAUAAUAAUCGAAAUAGAAAAACCCGAAUUUAAAAAACUCAAAGCUGAUCUGAGCAAACAAUUACGAAAAAACGAAGCUGAAAUUAAACAACUAGAAGAAAAAAUUCUGUACACUUUAACUGAAUCAGAAACAGAUAUUUUGGAAGAUGAAUCUUCAAUAGUCAUACUGCAAGAAUCAAAGGAUAUGGCUAAAAAAAUUAGAUUAAAGCAAGAGGAUACCAAGCAACUGCAAAGGCCAAUUCUUGAAUUUAAAAAAGAAUACGUUGAUGUAGCUGAACAUGCAUGUUCUAUUUAUUAUUGCAUUAAAGAUUUGUUUCAAGUGCAUUAUUUGUAUCAGUUUUCUUUGGAAUGGUUUGUUGACGUAUAUUUUCAUUCAAUCAUAAAUGCCAGCACGUCCAGAUUAAUAGAAGAAAGACGGAGAAGUUUAAAAUUAACCUUCACCUAUAGUUUAUAUCUGAAGACUGCUGAAAGUAUGUAUAAUAAAGAUCGAUUAUUACUGGCAUUUUUAAUAGCUUCUAAUAUUCUUAUUAACGAGAAGAAAGUGAGUCGGGAUGAGUACUGGUAUUUUCUUUCUGGCGAAUGUAACUUCGAAUUACAAGAAGAAAAUCCACUUCCAACGGAAAUUUCUAAGAGCAAAUGGAGUGGACUUUGCCACUUAUAUAUUUUACCAUGUUUUCAGGGAUUCAGAGAGGACCUCAUUGAAAACAUUGCAUUUUGGAACGACUUUUUAACAUGCAACGACCCAUUUUCUGUCCCAUUGCCCGGUGAAUGGAACGACAGAUUAAAUUCUUUCCAGAAACUGAUAUUAAUAAAACUGUUAAGGCCUGAGAAACUGUAUAACAGUUUGCCGAAGUUUGUUGAAAAAGAAAUUGGCGAUAAGUUUACAGAACCUAUAGAAAUGAACAUUAAUGCAAUUUAUAAUAAAUCCUACAACCUUCAACCAAUAAUUUUCAUUGUGACUGGCGGUGAGAAUCCUUUGAAGGAGUUGGAGAAGCUGGUGUAUCGAAAGCAAUACAAGAACAAGUUUUUCACGAUUUCCUUAGGUCCGGACUGUUGCGAGAAAGCGACCAACAUGAUGGAGGCCGCAAAACUUCAGGGCUCGUGGAUUUUCCUGCAGAACUGUCAAUUCUCCAGAAAUUUCCUCUUCGACUUGGAAUCAAACAUUGAGGGCACGGAUUUUCAAAGCACGCACGAGAAUUUUCGACUGUGGCUAAGCGUAGAACCUUUCCCUGAAAUACCGGAAACCCUAUUACAGAACUCAAUAAAAAUUAUAAAUGAGCCACCACAAAGUUUGCGACAGAAACUUAUAAAAUUGUACAAAGAGGAUCCAAUAAUUGAUGAAAGUUUUUAUCGUGGUUGUCCCGGAAAACAUGCCUUAUUCGCACGCCUGCUUUACGGUUUAGCGUUCUUUCAUUCGAAAAUCCAACAGAGACAAAAAAUAUAUUCGCUGGAUGCGCCGUAUUUAUUCAGUGAUAAAGACUUUCUGGUAUCGGUUAGGCAGUUACAAUCUAUAAUAAACGAGCCGAAUUUUACGUUCAAAAAGUUAAUUUAUAUCAUAGGAACGUGCAAUUAUGGCGGCUAUGUUGGUAGUAAUUACGGUAAAAAGCUUGUUAAAGUUCUGCUGAAAGAAUGCGUGAACAAAGACGCAGUUAAAAACACCACGUUUACUUUUAACAAUGUAUUGAAUUAUGGCCUUCCAAACAAAAAUGAUCAUCAGGAUUUUAUGCAUUACAUUGAAAAACUUCCGGCGAAUGAUAUGCCAGAGAUUUUUGGACUCAAUCCAAACACCGAUGUACGAAAAGGUUUACAGUAUAAAACCGAAUUUUUUGCGUCGCUGCUAAACGCCUCACGACUAAAUCAAAGGAAUACGAUUCACAAUAACGAGACGUUAAUUUUAUGUAUUGUUUCUGAAGUGCUUUGUUUACUCCCGGAUUGUUUACAAAUCAACAACCAACACGUCGAAGAUUUUAAAUAUUUCGUUGUGUGUAAAGAAAUAAAGCAAUACAACUUGAUCAUCAAAACUGUUAGAAGAUGUAUGGAGGAGGUGCGAGACGUUUUAGAAGGUCAUACCACAAUUAACUGCAGGAUUCAAACUGUCAUGGAGAGGCUAUUAAAUGAUGAAAUGCCUGAUGAGUGGUUAGUUGUAACGAAACACGUCUAUCAUAAGCUUUCUCAUUUUCUUAAACACUUUUCAAACAAUCUUAAUUAUAUUAAAAGACUUUCUGAAGGUACAAUUCAGGAGUAUGAAGUGGCAGCACACUUUUAUCCUAAGGCAUUGUUAUGGGCUUUAAAAGUAAAUUAUUCGAAGAAGUACAAUGUUGAUUUGGAAAAAAUCGUCCUGGAGAAUAAUGUUUUAAAAGUCAACAACAUGGAGGAUUGUCUGAAAACAUCUAGUUUGUAUUUGGCAAAUGCAUCUUGGAAUUUUGAACUGAAUCAGUUGGAAGAGAAUUUGUACAAUAAAGUUUACACGGUAAUGCCUCCCAUAGUUUUUAAACCAAUUUUAGAAGAAGAAGUCACCAGUGACAAAAAGUAUAAAUGUCAGGUUUACCAUAGUGACCAGAAAAAAGAGAGAAUAUUCGAAAAAGACUGCAUUUAUAUUAUGUCGGUGUUUUUGAACACUGGAAUUGAUCCAGCUCAUUGGAUGAAGCGUGGCGUAGUUUUGUAUUGUAAUGUUGAUAUGGAGUAG